UAAGCCACAACCAGGGGACAGUCACUUCCUCAUGUGAGACGGAAAUUCCCCAAGGCGGGGCCAUGUGACCUUUUUGAAUGCACACCAGGAAGAGAGAGUGGAGGGUGUGCUCCAGGCACACCAAAGCUUCCUGGGCACAGGCAGGAUUGAGAGCGGAGUCAUCUGCUGCACGGGGCUGCGUGUGGCUGGAGGGGAGGUGCAGCCAGCGUUGCUCUCACACAACUCUGUGUCUGUGCUAAUUUGCAGACGUUAGCGACUUUCGGUUUUAAGACCAGAACUUCUGGACCUGCUGUCUCCAGCACAGCUCCCUGCCCCUCUUCCCUCCCCACCCACCUCCUUGCCAGCAGCCCUAAGGAAAGGUUCGGCAGCAGCCAUCAUGGUUGGAGGGAUGGCGGCGAGGACCUGGAUUGAGCCCGUGGUGGCCGGCGCCCAGGUAGCCAGCUCCUUUUACGACACAGGUCUGCUGCUCGUGGUGAAGAACUACUACAACCAGACCAACUCAACCGCCCCGGCGCACUUGCUUGAGGAUCGGCAGCAGAAAGCUGUCUCUGACUUCUACAUCAUCUACAACUUGGUCCUGGGCCUCAGCCCCUUGUUGACGGCCUAUGGCCUGGCAAAGCUCGGCGACAAGAAGAACAGGAAGAUCACCAUUUGCUUACCUCUCCUCGGCUAUCUGGUCUCCAGGUCCCUCUUGCUCCUCUUAAUCCUGCUGGAGUGGCCUAUUGAGGUGAUGUACGGAGCUGCGGCCUUAAAUGGUCUGACGGGAGGCUUCACCACCUACUGGGCUGGCGUCAUGGCUCUGGGGUCUCUGAGCUCCGCUGAACGCAGGAGGUCUCUGCGGCUGAUUGUUAUUGAGCUGACCUAUGGGAUGGCGGGCUUUUUGGGAAGCAUAGUGUCUGGGCACAUCUUCGUCCAUUCCCACAUAAGUUAUCGACAGGGAACCGUGCUAGUGGCCUGCAGCAUCGGCUGCUAUGCCUUCUGCUUCCUCUACAGCUUCUUCGUUCUGAAAGUCCCUAUGCCUGAAGGCACCUGCCCAGCUUCCACAACUCACAGCAGACUCAAGGACAGAGAUCAACCUGACAGCCAGCUAGCGGAGGAUGAAAGAACUGCAGGGAGUUCAGGCUCCUGUGAGGAUGAGGGGCGCGGCCCCCUGGCACCAUCAAAGCUCAUCAUUGCAAUGCUCUUCGUCGGGGCUGUCUUGUAUGACCUAGCCGUUGUGGGAGCGAUGGAUGUGCUCCCGCUGUUUUUGCUGAAGAAACCUUUGAGCUGGGGCCCCGUGGAGAUUGGCUAUGGCAAUGCUGCUGGCUACAUGAUCUUUAUUACCAGUUUCCUGGGGGUCUUUGUGUUCUCCAAGUAUUUAAGGGACACAACUAUGAUCAUCAUUGGGAUACUGUCCUUCAGCGUCGGCAUUCUCAUCAUGGCCUUUGUGCGACAGACAUUCCUCUUCUACGUGGCUCGGGCCAUAAUGCUGUUUGCUGUCAUCCCCUUACCAACCAUCAGAUCUCUGUUAUCCAAACACGUACAAGGAUCAUCCUAUGGUAAGGUGUUUGUCUUGCUGCAGCUGUCUUUAGUGAUCACAGGGGUAGCUACAUCCACAGCCUACAACAAGAUCUAUCAAAACAUACUGGACUGGUUCAGCGGGUUCUGUUUCAUUUUGUCUUGUGUUGCUGGCUGCUUAAGUAUCAUCCCCAUCAGCAUUGUGGCCUACAAGCAACGCUCGACGUCAGGCUCCCUUGAAAUCCUAGCAGAAUGAUGGCCUGCCAUGGCAAGUUUUAGCUCUGGGCGUUCGGCUAGAGCACCUUACUGUACUAGGCAGCUCAAGAGGACAGCUGAUGGAAGACAGCUCUUCAGGCCCGCCACACUAGUUUUAGUCACUAUGGAUUUAGGCUGAAAUUAAACACGUUAGCUUAGGCGACAGCAGACAGGUAGCCGUGCCACAGACUGCUCUCCCGGGUAGCCCAUAGGCUGAGGCCAAUAAGCGUACCAUCUCCCUCACCCGAGGGAAGAGGAGCUUGUAUUGCUGCAUCUGCAGUACAGAAGUGGUAGACAAUCUUUGCUGGACUUAGUCCAGCAGCACUUGAUUUCAAAUUUAUGCCAGUGGAGGGGAUGACACCAUCUUGGCUGCCAGUCCCAAAAACUUUAGCGUGGUAACAACAUUUGGAGCCAGAGCUCUGCCAGGCCAUAGAAAUAACCACCUCCAUUCAGCAGCACUGCCUGGAGGAAUUUAUGGACAGGCAAGACGGAAGGAGAAUUGCUGCCAAGUCAGUCCUGGAAGGGAGGAUUAGGUUUGUCAGAAUAGGUAGUUUACAUAAGCCUAAACAUUUCCCUUCCCCACCCUCCAAUUUCAUCUGCAAGGGGCACAGAAAGAGAAGAGGGAUAUAAAAAGGGGCAAAUGCCUUUAUAGAAGGAAGCCCCUUUUCAGAGUGAUGCGACCUGAAGGGAAGAUACAGAGCUCCAUCCUUUGUUUUGUCACUCUAGAGAUGAUUGCAAGCCCUUCGGGGCCUGAACUGGCUUAUUCUGUGUUUGUAGAACAGCCUACCCCUUCUCUCUCCUCCCCCCCUCCCCCCACUGUAAACCUAUUGAUCAUCUUGAGAAACCACAACACCACUUUUUAUAAGCUGGAUCGUAGUCAGACCAUCAGGGACUGUUGUACAAGACCAGUACAGGCACAGGUUCUGCACCUGCAAGGAAGUGAGAGCAGACCUCAUGCAGGACACUCUUUUAGAGCCUACUGUAGAUGCAAAAUUGAAGCUGUUACUUCAUCAGCAGCCACUGACUAUUAGCAGUGUUAAACUAUUUCUGAAAGGCAUGAGGACCCAGAAAUCCCAAUAUGUAGAAUUAAGCAAUUAAACUGACUUCCCCCAUGUAUAAAAAGUUGUAAAUCAAUGCAUCAAUAAAGAAUUA